CAUAUCGCCGGCUAUGCGGAUGUGUACAUCGCGUUGCAUCUGCACUGUACGCUACUGUACUCGUAGCAGCUGCGUUGAGUGAUCGGAGUGGAGAUAAUCGUCCUAAAAGUUCAACAGCACGAAUAUACACACAUCGUUAGUCAGUAUAAACAGGCGGUGAUUAACCUGCGACGGAGAAGAGUUGCCGGUAUGGAAGCCGCCGAACAAGAUGUGAGUCUCGGCUCGCCGAAUAAAUUCGUCUCUCCGGAAGGAAAGGAGGGUGAGAGGGGGCCACAGGUCUGUGACGAGGGCAGAGGCGAUGCUCUCUCUGGUGGCGAGGUGGCGACGACCACGACGCUCACCGAAGAGGAGCGAGAGCUGCUCACGCUGGAGCUGGCCAAGGUGGAAGAGGAGGUGGCUACUCUGCGCCAAGUGCUGUUGGCUAAAGAGCAGCGCGUGUGGAGCAUCAAGCGAUCGUUGGGCAUGACACCGCUGUCCUGGCAGACCGUGUCGGGCCUCAUGCAGGACGUCCAAGCCUCCACCGCGUAUAAGCGCACAUCGGAGACACUCAGCACAGCCGGACAGAAAACCACGUCGGCCAUUUCCACUGUGGGCUCGGCACUCACACGCAGGCUCGGUGACGUCAACAUCUUUCGGGCCAUGCCCUUCAGCUACACAAUCCGGCCAUCCAUAAGCAUGCCAGCUAUCAGGAACUCUCCAACAUUCAAGUCACUGGAGGAGAAGGUGGAGAGUACGGUGUCAACAAUCAAGGCUCGGGUGAGCCGCAGUACAAGCCGCAGUGGCAGCAUCUCAGAGGGCCUUGGGGCCAGUGAUAUCAUUCAAGAGGCGGAGGAAGCGGAGGAGGAGGGUGUGAAGAUCCCCGUGGUGCCAGGAGGAACCGGGGGACCUGGUGCCACUGAUAGAACAGUGGAGAAUGUGCCACUGUAACGGGGCCAUCUGGGCUCGCUUUUCUCACUGCUGCGUAGAACACACAACCACUGCCAGCACAGUGUAGGUAUUCGCAUGCCAAUGUUAACCAACGCCAUCCAUAAAACCACUAUCCUGUGAACUUCACUCUUUGAUUCCUCCUACCAUGUUGAAAACUCUGUCUACAAGACUUUUAUUUCAUCCACACGGGGUUUAACCACCGCACUGUAGAUCACAACACCACACCCACUCGCAAACCUAACCUGCCACUGAUUUACCCUCUCACUCAUACAGUUUCUCACCCAACCAUCCACUCUGUUACCCACCCAAUUCACCUGCCCAAACCAACCCACCCACCCAUCAAAAAUUACUCACCCAAAAAACACACCCAUAAAAACUCAUCAGCAUAUAAUAACACACCCACCAACCCAACUACCGAACCAAACCAACUAACUAACCACCCACCCAAACAAACCCACCCAAACCUUCCCCCGCACCUCCAAUUAGCACGGUUGGCUAUGAACGGUGCAAAAGAAGUUCAAGAUACAGACAUACAACUCACCCAAACUAAGCAACCAACCAACCCACCCACUCAUCCACCCACCCCAAACCAACCAACCAACAAACCCACACCAACCAACCCACCCACACCAACCCACCCACACCAACCAACCCACACCAACCAACCCACACCAACCAACCCACACUAACCCACCCACCCACUCACACCAACCCACCCAAACCCACCCACCCACACCAACCCACCCACACCAACCAACCCACACCAACCAACCCACACCAACCAACCCACACCAACCCACCCACCCACUCACACCAACCCACCCAAACCCACCCACCCACACCAACCCACCCACACCAACCAACCCACACCAACCAACCCACACCAACCAACCCAAACCAACCCACCCACCCACUCACACCAACCCACCCAAACCCACCCACCCACACCAACCCACCCACACCAACCAACCCACCCAAACCAGCCCACCCACCCAAACCAAGCUCCCCAAACCAACCCACCCAAACCAACCCACCCACACCAACCCACCCAAACCAACCCACCCACCCACCCAAACCCACCCACCCAACCCAGCCCACCCAUCCACCACACUUCUAUUUCUGCUUCAUCCCUCAUGAGGUUUCAAAUUGGAAUGCUUCCCGUUUUCUUUUUCCAAGCUUUAAUAAUAACCGUGCUCAAUUCAAGAAAGUCUUAACUGGUAUCUAUUACAACUCUUGAUAGUGCUCUUUAUUUCUUUCCGCAUGAUGUUUUGGGCAUUUGGGUCUGCGCUCAGCAACUGUGUUCACCCACCAUUCCAGUGCCUUGUACCUCACCCUCAUCUCUCUGUCCUUUCCACAUGUGCCCACAUCAUUCAAGCUCUGCAAUUGCCCUGAUAUUCAAAUGUCAAGUUUAUUUUAUUCAACCAGGUUUAGACCAUAAAGAGAAAAGUCUCAUUUGCAAGAGUGACUUACCUGGGUCGCCAAAUUGACAAAGGCAAAAACAUAAAAAUAAAGUACACCAAUUAAACUAAUAGACAUCAGAGCAAAACAAUCAUUUAUUUUACCAGGUAUGGCCCACUGAGCUAUGUAGCUCUUUUUCAGCAGCAACCUGGCCACAAAUGAUAGUUCAACCAAGUGGCUUAUCGCGUGAAAAUCUAUAGUAGCCUAAUACUCUAAACGCACGUUGAUUCUAAAUGUGGAGGGAAAAACGGAGGACCCAGAGAGAAAUCCACGCGACCUCAGGGAGAACAUGCAAACACAGACAUACAGGGGUCAGGGUCGGGAUCGAACCCACAGCCUCCUGUAGACCAGGUGAGGUUGUUAACAUCUCACCACCUUGUAUCGUGGAAUAUAGAAAUCAUAGCAGAAUAUAUAUAUAGAAAUCAUAGCAAAAAACAUAAACCUAACCAGCCACUCACCCGCUCGCGACACUGCAGGUUACAACAUUUCUCUUUAUUCCCUUCCCAACGUCAUCUCGCAUCGUCUUGUUCCUGGGCUCUCCAGUCAAGUCAACCGGAAUGUUCCCGAUCUCAUUGGAGCUCGGAAGCAAAGUGGAAUCGAGCCUGGAAUAAUGCUUGGAUGGGUGACCACCAUACACAUGCAUGCAUACAGGUGUGGUAGGUAGCAAAGGGCAGUCCAGCAAACCACAUUGUUGCACUCUUCGUCUUUGCUCCCAAGUAUAUGCUCCCCGUCCUCACUGACCCCCACUGACCAUUGUGGUGAGGUACGGUGAAAGAACCCCAGGACUUUAUAUGUGCCACAUCGAAAACUUAUGUUUCCCAUCAGUCAAAAUUGGUUCCCUAAAUGCAUUCAAAGGUACCUAACUAAGCUAACCUAAACUAACUAAAACGACAUUUUAAACUCCCUAACCAACAAGGUGAACAUUUCUAGCAAAAUAGAUUAUCAGGCAAAAUUCCUCCUUCCCAUAUAUGUCCCUCCACGUCAACAUAAACGGUGUUUCAUAGCUCGAAUCAGCCAUGUGGCCUUCUUAGAAUGCAUACAUUUAAGCAGCAUUGGUUCAAUUUAUAGGGUCUCAUCAGAAAGCCAGGCUUGCUUGCUUGCUUUAAUCAACGCGAGUGAACUAAUAGUUGUGUAUAGGCACAGGCUCUGUCUCUUAGAUAUCGGUCCUACUUCUGGUUCUUUUAAUUAUUUACCAUCCGAAUUUGGCACGAAAGAAGAGAAAUGCAUUUCCAGUGGAUCAUUUGGUGAUCCCAUCUCACUGGUGGAUGUCUUCACGGACACGUUCCAUUCCCUUGACUGCCCACUUAUUGUUCGUCACCUUGGCCUAUCCUGCCAGCCACGAUGUGCCCUGCCCAAGCCUACUCAAUACUUCAGCGUAUCAAUAACGUCAUCUAAUGUUCUCUCAUCCAACUUGCUCCUCUCUCUGUCUCUGAUUGUGAUUGCCAGCAUGCAUCUCCCCGUGCUUCUUUGCAUAUUUUAAGCAGUUUCGAUUCCUGAGGCGUUUCUGACGCAUAUCGUGGCAGGGAGCGUGCACACAUUGCAAUAUCUUCCCGUCGAGGCACAUUGCUGUGGUACUUUUAAUUAUCCAGUUCAGCCUUCUGAGAACACUUGGACCUGCUCUUGCCCUUCACUUUAUUUAAGCUUUUUUUUAUCCGGGUCUGCCUUAAAUGUUUGUUUCAGGCACACGUGGAAAAUAUCCCCGAAGCUAUAAACAUACAUGUUACAUUUAUUCGUUGUGUUUCCAAUGGUUUUAAAGUUGUUUUCCCCAACUGCAUUUCAAGCUAUGUAACUCAGCUACCUAACUAAGCUACCUACGAGGCCUCACCUAAAUGACAUAAAGUUACCGUUUGCAACUCCAUAACCAGCUAGAUAAGAUUUUUUAAUAAGAUAAAUUAGUCGACAAUACACCUCCGUCACGUAUCUCUCCCUCCACGUGAAAACAUCAAAGUAAUUGCACAAUCCAUAAACUACACGCCCUUCUGGGAUUGUAUUUCAUUGCAGCAUUGGUUCAAUGUAAGCACAUUUUGGACCGGUUUUACAUAGAACGUCUCAUCGGCAGAGUCGGGCUUGCUCGAAGCAAUGCUGAGGAUCUGCCAUAUGCUUAUAUGCAUGUGUUCCAGCAAGCAUGACUGGUAAUGAGAGACUGAAUGUGGAAAUCGGUGCAGAGUUUCGCGUGCGUUGAAACCAAUGCUGCUGAAAAUGCAUGCAAUCCCAGAAGGCUGUGUGGCUGAUUGGACGUGUAAAUAAAUAAACUCCUCAUGUGGAGGUACAGAUAUGGGAAGGAGGCAUCUUUGUCUGAUUAUUUGUCUCGACAUUAUUUUGGGGGCAGUUUAAGAGGCCAAGGGUGUUGAUGAUUUCCUGUUGCUAAGCCCCAGCAAUUGUGUAGGACAUUGACGCUAUAUAACGCUACUGCAACUGUAAUGGAUUAAUACUGCAUGGGUUAUGUAUGGAUAUUAAUGUGCACUAAUGCUAUAGGUGAACUAAAAUGUUGGUAGGACAUUACAUAUUAACACUGAUAGGAUUAACACUGCUAUGGGUUUACUGUGUACUAACACUCCAAUAUGGUUCCGUAUUAUGAUUGCUUAUUGUGUUUCAACGUGCCUGCAGAAUGAGUGUGUAAUAAUACAGUACUUGUAUGGGGCUAACUCUGCUAGGGCUAAUGUAAAUGCUGCAGGGUUAUUAACUGUCAUGAUAUGAUGCCUAUUCAUUCGUGCUGCAUACACAUUGCAUAAAGGUUGUAAUAUAGCAAUGUGAAAAACGUAUGAGUUAUAGUAUAAAUACCAGUCGGCUCAGUUUGAUACUCUUUUAUAAGGUUGUUGAAUGGUAACCGGUAAAGUGGUAAAUGCUGUCAAAAUCAAUUACCACUUCCAAAAGUCAGGAGCCAUGAAUUGAUUUCAGUGGCAUAUUCACAGUGAAUGCUCCGUUUGGUACGUGUGAACGUACAAAACGGAACGGUGGUGGAGCAGUCACCGCGAGGUGCAUUUGUCAAAUGUCUCCGUUAACAGGUGAAGGUGCGGCGGCCCUGCAAUUGCUCGCUUAUGCUGCCGCCGCUGACGAAAGGGCCUCCACUGAGAGAGCUCUGGAGGGUAUUUGCUCCACUCUUGCAGACGUUUUGGAAGUGGUGGGCACGCCCCAACUUUAUCCCAUCAAAGGUGAUGUGCCGAUUGUGGACCCAUUUUCUCGGCGUCACGGUGGCGAGAUGUUUACUACCUCGCCUGGUAUGCAGGAGGUCGUGGGUUUGAUCCCGACCGUAACACCUGUAUAUAUGGAGUUUGCAUGUUCUCCCCGUGGUCGCGUGUAUUUUUUUCCGGGUCCUCUGGUUUAAUUCCCUUCAAAUUUAGAAACAUGCUUUUCGAGUAAUUUUCGCUGCGAUACAUUUCCACGUGAUAAGCCACCUGUUUGAGCUGUCAUUUGUGGCCAGGUCGCUUUUAUACAAGGGCCAUACCUGGUAAAAUAAAAAAAGUAAAACAAAUAGUAUAUUGUUGGGUGGACCGCGGCAGGUGCGAUGUCAGAAACUUGCCCCGUUGCUUCAACUGCCGCGCUGGGAAAUGAAAUUUGAGACCUCUGGAUUCCAAGUCCACUGUGGUCACCGUUACACCACAGCAGCUUCCUUUAAUUUUCUGCUCUAAAGGUAAAACGUUUUGUGUUGCUGGACAUUCUAUAUGUGUAGUGAACCAGUUGACCAAAUAUUUUUACUGCUUUUUAACGCGGUUACCUGCAACACAAAAGACUUAACAACCCUAGCUCUAUUCAAGCAGUAGUCCGAUUCAUAAUAUCGUAUUUCAUUUGGCUUUUGUUGAGGUGUCAUUUUUAAAUCAUAGUUAUGCAAUGCCCAUUGGUUGUGUACGGGGCCACCUUCACAUUUCACUCAAUGUAUUUUUGAGUCAACGUUGACGUGCCAGGCUGACCAAAAACUAUUUUAAAAUAAACACAUUCAUGGGUAUCA